AUGAUAAAUAUCAUUAUAACUUCUACUCUGCUCCUGACCCUAACAAUUCUAAUCUGACCCCUCAUCACAACACUGACCCCCAAACCCGUAGACCAAGACUGAGCCGUAAAACACGCUAAAACCGCAGUCAGCACCGCAUUCUUCAUCAACCUUAUCCCCCUCAUCAUCUUCCUUGAUCAAGGAAUAGAAAGUAUUAUCACCACCUGAAACUGAAUAAACAUCAUAAACUUUGACAUCAACAUCAGCUUUAAAUUUGACCAUUACUCACUAAUCUUCACCCCCAUCGCCUUAUACGUAACAUGAUCAAUUUUAGAAUUUGCAUCCUGGUACAUACACUCAGACCCCUACAUAAAUCGAUUCUUUAAAUACCUCCUACUAUUUCUAGUGGCCAUAGUAAUUUUAGUAACCGCUAAUAACCUUUUCCAACUAUUCAUCGGAUGAGAAGGUGUAGGAAUCAUAUCAUUCCUACUAAUCGGAUGAUGACACGGCCGAGCCGACGCCAACACUGCCGCACUACAAGCCGUAAUCUACAACCGAGUAGGAGACGUCGGAUUAAUCCUUGCCAUCGCCUGAAAUGCAAUAAACCUUAACUCCUGAGAAAUUCCACAAAUUUUUAUAAUAUCAAAAGACUUUAACAUAACUCUACCACUACUGGGGCUAGUUCUAGCUGCCACAGGAAAAUCCGCCCAAUUUGGCCUACACCCCUGACUACCCUCAGCAAUAGAAGGCCCCACCCCAGUCUCAGCCCUACUACACUCCAGCACAAUAGUAGUAGCAGGUAUCUUCCUACUAAUUCGACUACAUCCCCUAAUAGAAAACAAUCAAUUUAUCCUAACGCUAUGCCUAUGUCUAGGAGCCCUAACAACUCUAUUUACAGCUACCUGUGCACUAACACAAAAUGACAUCAAAAAAAUCGUAGCAUUCUCAACAUCAAGCCAACUAGGCCUAAUAAUAGUAACAAUCGGCCUAAACCAACCACAACUAGCCUUCCUACACAUCUGCACCCACGCCUUCUUUAAAGCAAUACUAUUCUUAUGUUCCGGCUCAAUUAUUCAUAGCCUUAAUGAUGAACAAGACAUCCGUAAAAUGGGGGGCCUACACAAACUAAUGCCAUUCACUUCAUCCUGCCUAACCAUCGGAAGCCUAGCAUUAACAGGAAUACCCUUUCUGACAGGCUUUUUCUCAAAAGAUGCAAUUAUUGAAGCCCUUAACACUUCAUAUCUAAACGCCUGAGCCCUCACCCUAACAUUAAUUGCCACAUCAUUCACAGCAGUUUAUAGUCUACGAGUAAUCUUCUUUGUAACCAUGGGUUCCCCACGAUUUCUACCCCUAUCCCCCAUUAAUGAAAAUAACAAAGCAGUCAUUGCUCCCAUCGGACGCCUAGCAUGAGGAAGCAUUAUUGCAGGUCUAAUCCUUACCUCAAACUUCCUACCAUCAAAAACCCCCAUCAUAACAAUACCGACAUCCUUAAAACUAGCCGCACUAAUCGUCACCAUUACAGGCUUAAUUAUUGCUCUCACACUAGCCACAGCAACAUCAAAACAAAUCAAAAUUACCCCAACCCUAAUCCUACACAACUUCUCCAACAUACUAGGAUUUUUCCCACCCAUCAUCCACCGCCUUAUACCAAAACUAAACCUCACACUAGGAAAACAAGCCACAAAACUAGAUCGACAAUGACUAGAAAUAGGCCCUAAAGGACUCCACCCAAUACACAAUUCACUAACUGCAAUAUUUGAUAACAUCGACACAAAUAUCAUCAAAAUCUACCUUACCUUUUACCUAAUUACCACAGCACUCACCAUUGCUCUCCUAUCCUUAAUUUAA